AUGCAAAUAUACUACCUGACAGCUGCCCUGGUUAUCCUUGUAGCAAUCACGGCCCAAGCCGCUCCACUUUCAGAAAGAGCAGCCGGCGAAAGUCUUGAUAAGCGUUCCGGUGUGACGGUCAACUCUUCUCCGAGCAUCCACCAGGAAUUCACUUCCACAGAUGCGUCCACCAGACCUGCCAAGGAUGAUGAACCCAAGAACCAUGCUAAGCGGUCCGGUAUCACUAUUAACUCUUCUCCCAAGAUUGAUGAAAAGUUCACCUCGAUCGACUCAUCGACCAGAACCGCCAAGGAUGUUGGAUCCAAUAAUCAUGCCAAGCGUUCUGGUGUCAUCAUAAAUUCUUCUCCUAGUAUUCACGAUGAGUUCACUUCCACUGACUCGUCUACCAGGCCCGCCAGAGAUGACGGACCGAGUAAUCAUGCCAAGAGGUCUGGUGUCACUGUUAACUCUUCUCCCAAGAUUGAUGAAAAGUUCACUUCGGUUGAUUCGUCCACCAGGACACCAGCACAGAAUGGUAAGACAGCCAAUGCAAAACCUGCUAGUGUGAUCAUAUACGCUGGUCCUACCAUCCAGCAAGAAUUUACCACAACUGACGUCUCUCCUUAUGAAAAUGAAGCCAAUGAACCCAGAUCCAUUGAGCGAUCAUCCGGUAGGGAUGCUCCUAUUGCCCGUAGUCUUUUUACACGGGCCGGAAACUCUCCUGCCGCCCCUGGUACCCCGGAUAUUCCAAAGGUUCCUGAUGUACCUACCAUUCCUAAUGGUUCUACUACCCCCGAAGCUCCCAAGAUUCCCGAUAUCCCCAAGAUUCCCGAUAUCCCCAAGAUUCCUACUGCCGCAAGCAUUGAUGUUGCAAACAUCGAUUAA